AUGGCUUCCCACGACAUCAAAGGGGCUCAGCGGGCAAAGUCAAAGGGUACGUGUCGCGAGGUGAUCAACUUUGUGGCGGAGCACGGUUUGUGGGCAACGACGUCGAAAAUUCAGCACCGAGAAGAUUUCCACGCGAGGUUCGUAGACGACAAGGACCUUCAAAGCCAGGACGCAGAGUGCGCCGCCAUCCCCCUGGACAACUGUGAUUUUGAUCCGAGGGUCGUAGUUGGCCAGGGAGAGGGACCUCAUCUUCCCUUCAUCGCUGCGACAGCCUUGACGGUAGGGCCCGACGUAGGUGGAAUGGACGACUGUUCGUUGGUAAAGAGCCGGGGAUCUAUUACGGUGGAGGACGUCAUGAUGGGGCCGGAGCCGGACCGGGAAGACGGAGCACGGCGGUAUAACGGUUUUUUGGUGAAACUCUACCGCAGCGUGGUUGCUGAGGCGCGGAACAACUCGGAAAGAUCUGGGCCAGACACAUGCAUGGAGUCUGAACUCAUCAAGGCGAUCACGCUCGAGGGCAAAUCACCGCAGCAACUGCGAUACGCGUUCAUCCAGAAGGGUUCCACCAAGAGCUUCAGCGAUAUGAAGGCAGCCAUUCAGCGCAUACUUGGUAUCUGGCGUGGGGAGCCCCAGCCGGAGUCGCGCGAGUACCGACAAGUCCGUCGCUACCCCGGCGAUUGGCAUUUGCUGUUGCACAUGGCCAAGGCGAUGCUUAGGCGGUACUGGGGUGCGGGUGUGGAGUUCGUGGCGAAGGACUUGGGCACAGACGUGUCUGGCUCCAGCGAUGGGGAAUCUGACGUGUUGAGCGAGAAGAGCGUCGACCGGGCCUGGAGUGACGGAGACACAGAUGAUGGUGUUGGGGAUCUCGCAGGGGGUGGGCGGGGUGGUAAUGCCAGCGCCGAUGUUAGCGUCCCGUCAGCUUCUGAUCGGGCGGCUUCUGAAAGGUCGGUCGCGAUCAUGCGACGGCGGGUGGCGAAUCGGUUGCCGCCGGCGCCGGCUUUUGCCCCACCCCAGCCGGUGGAGGGUCCCAAGGAGCAAGCCUUGAGCCUUCUGAAGCGCAUGAAGCCGGAUGAGCUCAUGGCGAUAGGCGAGGCCGCUACUGCGUUGGCGAAGAGGAAGAUGGACGACAGGAAGAAGGUGUGUGUGUUUGCAGCUGCUGGAUGUUUCUCCUAA